AUGGCUUUUGGUAUGAUUUCGAGUGGACAGGCCACCUGGGCCCAGCUACGUCGACUCAUCGAGUACCUCCCGACCGACGCGCGGGAACGCUGGCCUCAGAACGACUCCAAGCCUCAGCCAACCUCUGCCACAAGUGCCCCCAUGGACUCCAAACGGUUCACGGUUGGGGCAUGGAAUUUCGGAAACAUGGCUGGGGUGGUCAACAACACCUUGGAUUAUCCGUGGGUUACCCGUGCAUUGGCUGGCAUUCUUGGAACUUGGAGUGAAGAGCUGAGAUUCACCUCGUGCACCUUGUCCUUAAAUACUCAGGCUGCCUUACACAGAGAUUCACGCAACCUGGCCAGCUCUGUCAACCUGGCACUUCCAUGUUCUGAGUUUCAGGGUGGGCAGCUCUUCGUUGAGGACUCGCAAGGGUGUACCUCGCUUACCUCGAAGGGUCCAGUGGGUCAUCUGUUUUCCACCAAUGAGGCCACAGUUUUCUCGCCGAAGCUGCUGCAUGCAACGAUGCCCUGGGCGGGUACCAGACUUUUGCUUUUGUCUUUUCACAUUGGACAGUAUGCAAACCUUAAGCCCCUUGAUGUACAGCUUCUAACCAACCAUGGCUUUUGCAUCGAAGGCAGUUCUAAGUAA